UAACCUGGCAUGUCUCCUCUUGUUGUUGUUCAGGUGUGUUCAUUGUCUCGGCUAAGAGGACACUGUUUGGCACAUAUGGAGGUAUUCUGAAGGAUCACAGUGCUACAGAUCUGGCUGAACAUGCAGUUAAAGCUGCACUCACUGCUGGUAAUGUGGCUCCUGAGCUGGUCAACAGUGUCAUCAUGGGUAAUGUCAUGCAGGUGAAAAACAAACUGACCACUCUGAACUACUCACUACUACUGUAAAAUUAUCAGAAUAAUAAUAUAGUGGAGAAAGCCUGGUGUUCUCAAAUUCAUUUUUGAGUGCUGACUCUCUUUCAUCCAGAGCUCUGCGGACGCUCCUCACAUCACAUGACAUGUGGGACUUCAGUGUGGCGUUCUCAUGCGGGUUCCAGAUUAAACUAAAACAAAUAACCAAUGGCUCAACCAUUUCUACAUGCGAGUAUGAUUUUGAGUGGUUUAUCAGUAUUGCGUGUUUGUCGUGUAGGAGAUCUGUCUUAAAGAAUCAGAGAUUGUUCUGUGUGGCGGCUCGGAGAGCAUGAGUUAAGCUCCUUACGCUGUCCGCAACAUUAGCUUCGGAUCCAAGUUUGGAGUCGAUUUAAAGGUAAGAUCGAAAACAUCAUUUGGAGUCCACUGAUUUUGAAUGAAAUCUAAUUUUGAGACUGCAAUCAUUAAAAGUUGUGAUUUACAGGCCUGGAAUAGUUUAUGGAAAAUAGAAAAAUGGUAAAAAGUGGGGGCCUGGAUAGCUCAGUGGCAAAGACACUGGCUACCACCCCUGGAGUCACUUGUUCAAAUCCCAGGGUGUGCUGAGUGACUCCAGCCAGGUCUCCUAAGCAACCAAAUUGGCCCAGUUGCUAGGGAGGGUAGAGUCACAUGGUGACUCCUCCUCAUGGUGGCUAUAAUGUGGUUCAUUCUCAGUGGGGUGCGUGGUGAGUUGAUUGUGGAUGCCACAGUGGAUGGCGUGAAGCCUCCACACGCGCUAUGUCUCCAUGGCAACACGCUCAACAAGCCACGUGAUAAGAUGCACAGGUUGACAGUCUCAGAUGCGGAGGCAGCUGAGAUUUGUCCUCUGCCACCCAGAUUGAGGCAAAUCACUAUGUGACCAUGAGGACUUAAAAAAAAAAAAAAGCACAUUGGGAAUUGGGCAUCCCAAAUUGGGAGAAAGAAAAACAAAAUUGUAAAAAGUUCAGGCCUGAAAAAGUUAAUUCUAGAGUGAAUGUAAAUGUUUCUAGCUAAAUGCUCUACUGUGUUUCUUUGGGUGUGCAAUCUCUAUAAAAUUAUUUUUAAAGAUUCUUAUAAUCACAGACAACUGGACCAUUCUUGGAAAAAACAAAGAAAUUAAUUGUUCAAAAGGGUUUGGAAGCCAAAAUAACAUUUCAACAUGCUUGUAUGAGCAUCAGCUGCUAGAAGACACACUGUGGGCAGGACUGACUGAUCUGCACAUAAAGCUGCCCAUGGGCAUCACAGCAGAAAACCUGGCAGAGAAAUACCAGAUCACUCGAGGCGACUGUGACCAGACACAGCAGCGGUGGAAAGCAGGUGAUUACUUGUACCGCACCGGACCAGCACUGCAUCCCGUUCACACUCACUCACACACAUCUCUCUCUGUCUGUCCUGCAGCUCAUGACCCGUUGAAGUCAAAGCCAAGAAAGGCAAAGUGCCCAUGACACACGAUGAGCACCCGUGUCUACAGACCACACUGGAGCAGAUGGCAAAACUGCCACCUGUCUUCAAGAAAGGAGGCAUGGUCACUGCUGCCAAUGCUUCAGUGGGUAUAACGAUUCCAAAUCAGCUGUAGAUUUUGAUGAUUUUCACUAAAACCUUGACUUUUUUAUGAUGUGAGAGGUGAUGUGAUUGUUCAAUGUAAACAAUAAAUGUUUCCUUCAAGUGUCUCUCAAUUAAGUGAACACUGCUUCAAGUUGUUGUAGUUUUUAAGUAGGGCCCUGUGAAAAUUUAGACAGCAUUGAUCGAUUAUAAUGGGAGCGAUUUGCUUUUAUCGCGUCGCUUGCCGCUGUAGACACCCUGUUACAGUAAAUAUUACAUUUUACUAUACAGUAGUACUAUAUUUCUGUUGCAAGUUGAAUCAGACAUUUAUUUUAAUGUGUAGGCUUUUCAGUUUGUGUGUUUUUGAUGGUAGCUUCACACCUCCGGAAAAGCAGUUGGUUAUAUGGCGCAGUCUAAUUUUUAAAGUCCAAAACGCUGUGAUUUAAUUAGACAUAUAUGUAUUCUGCAGGCGCUGCUCGUGUCAUAGUGAAUGAGCGCUCUGUUCUGUCAUCUAAUACAACACGCACAGCGCGUGUGAUGCUCUUAAUGUGUUUUUUAGCAUAUGAGCGAAAUUAUACAUUCACUGUAAAGCGUGCAGCACAUGCAGACUGUAAAUUAAUUAAAUUGCAUCCUUAUCAAAUCAAAUCCCUUUAUUGUCACUCAACCAUAUACACAAGUGCAACAGUGGGUGAAAGUCUUGGGUGCAGUUCCAAGCAACAUAGCAGUAUGACAAUUACAAUAAACAUCUGAUUUACACAAAAACAGUUUACACAACACAACAUACAAUAUACACCUAAUAAUAUACAAUAUACAGUAUACACAAAAUAAGAAGACCUCCCCCCAUGUAAUCAGUGGAAAUAAAUAUAAAGUGCUGUGUUGACAUUCAGACGUCGGUUGAUAGUCAGUUGCCAGUGUGUUAUUAAGAGAAGUAUAAAAUGUGAAUCCAGUCUGAGGCUAAUAAAGUGCAGUGCUGAUGUAUUUGAUCGUGAGCGAUCAAGAGUUCAAAAUCUGAUUGCUUGGGGGAAGAAGCUGUCAUGAAGGUUGGUGCGGGUCCUGAUGCUGCGAUACCGCCUGCCUGAUGGUAGCAGUGAGAACAGCCCAUGGCUCGGAUGGCUGGAGUCUCUGAUGAUCCUCCGAGCUUUUUUCACACACCGCCUGGUAUAUAUGUCCUGGAGGGAGGGAAGCUCACCUCCGAUGAUGUGUCUGGCAGUUCGUACCACCCUUUGCAGGGCUUUGCGGUUGUGGGCGGUGCUAUUGCCGUACCAGGCAAGAAUUGUGGCCUAUCAAACCUCCGGCUGUGAUCCCAGCAUCAUGGGAAUUGGGCCUGUAACUGCCAUCACAGAGGCCCUGAAGAAAGCUGGUCUUUCACUCAAAGACAUGGACCUGGUGGAUGUGAAUGAAGUGUUCACUGCACAGUAUCUGGCCGUGGCUAAAGCUUUAGGUCUGGACCCGGAGAAGAGUAACGUUAAUGGAGGAGCCAUCGCACUUGGACACCCACUCGGAGCCUCUGGAUCUAGAAUCACGGAACACCUCGUGCAUGAGCUCAGGAGGAGGUCUGGAAAGUAUGCAGUGGGCUCUGCAUGCAUUGGUGGUGGUCAGGGCAUCGCUAUUAUCCUGGAAAACACACAAUGAGAAGGAAAAGUAUGCAUGGGCUAAUCACGUAUAAAUUCACACCAUCCGAAUUCUUUAAAAAUAGCCUUGUCCACAGAUGUGGCAUAAAAAGGUGCAUUUAUUGUGCACAUGCCUAAAAAUGAA